UUGCGAUUUUGCUUCCUAGCUCAAGCUCUGAAGCUCUGGCAAUGGCGUGCUCUCUAUCUUUCAUUCCUAGCUUCCCCUCGACCGCCAUCGCACGAAGAGGACGGAGAGGACACUGCUUCUCGAACGCGCCAUCACCAUGCUUUCCCGUAUUCUCGCUCCACGAAACAAGCCGGCCGCUGUCCAAUCUCCGGCAACCGGAGCCUGUAUCCGCCUUGCUAGCGGAGCAGGAGGUCUCGCCUAAGCGAAGCACGACGCCUUCGCCUUCUCUUCCCUUUCGAGUCGGGCAUGGGUUUGACCUCCACCGACUCGAGCUGGGCUAUCCGCUGAUCAUCGGCGGCAUUCAAAUUCCCCAUGAUCGCGGAUGCGAGGCACACUCCGACG